AUGCUGUUGGCGGCUCUGCUCCUGCUGCUGCUGCUGCUGGCCGUGGCCGUGCUGGGAGACAUGGUGAUGCUGAACAGCGUGGAGUCCAUCCGCCAGGUGCUGACCCAGAAAUGGUCCGAUUUAACCGGGCACCCCCCCAGCUUUGUUGCAGAUCUCAUCUCCCUGGGGGUCCACGAUCUGUCCCUGGGCGACUUCACCCCCAGCUGGCGGCUGCAGCACAAAGUGGCUCACUCGGCCCUGGCCCGUGCCCAGUGUCUGCAGCUGGACCCAGUUCUGGGGGCCCAGGCGGCCGCGUUCUGCCAGCAGGUUCGGUUCCGAGACGCCUUCGUCCGGGCCCAGAUCCAGCAGCACCAGGAGUCGCUGCUCCCCGAGUGCCCCUGGGACAUGGUGGAUCACGUACUGGGGGAGCGGCAAGGGGCCGGGGGGGACCCCGCGGCCGAGGGGGGCAUCACCCCGGAGCACGUUCACAUGGUGCUCGUGGACCUCUUCAGCGGGGGCACCGAGACCAUGGCGGCCCUGCUCAUCUGGGCCGUGGCCUUCCUGCUGCGCCACCCCCAGGUCCGGGACAGGAUCCACACGGAGCUGCAAUGAGUGAUGGGCCCCAAGCGCCCCCCCAGCUAUGGGGACCGGGAUCGGCUGCCCCUGCUCAGCGCCACCAUCUCUGAAAUGAUGCGUCUGCGCCCCGUGGUGCCCCUCGCCCUGCCCCAUAGCACCACGUGGGACACCAGCCUCUCAGGCUUCACCAUCCCCGAGGGAACCACCGUGAUCCCCAAUCUCUUUGCCGCCAACCACCACUCGGAGCGGUUCCUGGCCCAGCACAACCUGCUGCCCUUCAGCUGUGGGGCCCGGGACUGCCUGGGGGAGACCCUGGCCCGGGGCGAGAUCUUCGUCUUCCUCGGACACGUCCUGCAAGAGUUCCGGCUGGAGCCGCCUGCGCCCGGUGCCCUCCCGGCCCUGCGGGCGUGUUCGGCACCAUGCCCCCCCUUCCGCAUCUGCUUCCUGCCCCGGGGCCCCCCUGUGCCCUCCAUACCCCAUAGCUCCCCCUUCCACAUCCGCUUCCUGUCCUGGGGGUCCCCCGAGCCCCCCGUGACCCCAUAG